AAUAGCUCUCCCACAACACACGAUGCCCCCCAAAUCAGUCACAUUCCCGGGGUUCACCCCAUUAUCAGACCGAAUCUUUAUCCGCAAUGGCAACGACACUAGCAAACCCGCACCCCCUGAGCACCCUACCACAAUCAUCAUCUUCGGCUGGGGUGAUGGCAUGCCCAAACACGUCUCCAAAUAUGUGGACGGCUUCCACAGUCUUUACCCCUGCAGUCGCAUCCUCGUCGCCCUUUCCAAGACCCUCCAAGCGUCCAACCAACCCCUAAAUGACCGCAUCCAAGCCAUGAUGCCCAUUAUCGAUACCGUCUUCCCCACGCCAACCGGCAACGGCGGGGACGGCGCGGAAGAGCGCGUCUUGCUCCACGUUAUGUCCAACACCGGGGGGAUCUUCGUCGCCGCCGCGAUGGUGGCGUAUCAGGAGCGACACGGCAAGGAUAAGCAAAUGCCGCACGAACUGCUUGUUUGUGACUCCACGCCCGGUGGCCUUGUAUUCUCCGCGGAGGUGGGCCGCUGGUCGCACGCGAUGGCGGUGGGCACGGCAAAAAUGUUUCCGUGGCCGUUACUCGUGACGCAGGCGCUGUGGUGGGUGUUUUUGUGGGGGAACUAUCUCUUGGAGAGGCUGCGGGGAGCAGAGCCCUCGGGGGUCUGGGCCAAUCGCGUGCUGAAUGAGGCUGAUGUGACGAGCAGGAAGACUAGUAGGUUGUAUUUGUAUUCGAAGGAGGAUGAGAUUAUUUGGUACGAAGACCUGGAGGAGAAUGUCGCGGGGGUCAUGACGCUGGGUUAUCGGGCUGUUGACACGGAGUUGUUCGAGGGCUCGCCGCAUGUUGGACAUAUGCGCAUGCACUUCACGCAGUAUUGGAACCGAAUUUCCGAUUGUUGGAAGGCUGCCCUAGCUAUGAAUCAAGGGUAGGGGCGUGUGUGACAGCAAACAAACUACAUUCAGCCGUACUGCUAGAAAAUUGCCAAUCUACAUGGCUUCAGA